AUGGCACGCACACGUUCGAAACCCGCAAAGGCAACGCCCAAAGAAUCCACGCCCGAAGCCACCACCACAGCCAAACCGCUGCCCGCAAGCACAUCGAACCCCCCGAAACUGUUCGUACUACCGAAGGAUACAUCCAAAGACGCGCGCAUAGUCAGCCUUGACAAUCCCGCAAACGACACACCAUCACGAUACUACUUUUGCCCUGAGAAGGGCUUCUACGAGUUCACGCGCAUCGCUGCACCGAAGAAAGACUUCAAGAGUUGGUUAAUAACAGGAGAGAAGAGUGAGGAUGACACCACAGAGGAAGCAGAUGCCUCACGGAUAGGCAACGGUUACAUCACCAAAUCAGCCGACCUCUUCAUCGCAACACCCAUCGACGUCCUCUUCCUCAUCCUCCCCGCCCUCACACCAAAGUCAGCAAAAGACACGAAGCAACACUUCCUUGCCUUCGAUGAUUACCUCGACACACUCUCAUCCGCUUCACCACAUUGUAAAGCGCUGUUAUCACAAUACCCCACCCUCAAGACUAUGAUAGAGACCAGGAUGCGAAGGAUAUGCGACACAGUCGACGCAGGCGAAGAAUCCAUGUACCGCCUCUCGCACCCCAAGCUACUCGAAGUCCUCGUCUCAAAAGCCGAACGCAUGGUCAAGAAAGGACUUCCCCCGUCGAUGGAGGAGAGAUUCAUCAAGACAGCCCUAGAGAUACCUGUCAUGAGCAUAAAGCGCGAGGAAAGCACACUAAGCACUGUCUCAACAACAGACGCAGCGUCAGAGCAGGAGAACGACACAACGACGACCUCGCAAACGAGCGUCACAACAACUAUCACAACCCCCGACGACGCCCCCUCAAAACGCACCCUCACAACCCCCGCUGAAAUCCCCCACCUCCUCCGCCUCCGCACAUCCCUAACCUACCUCCUCUCCUCCUACAUUCCUCCCUCCCUCCGCACCCCCUUACUCGCUCUCCUAUCCCCCCGCUUCACACCCCUGGACACCCACCUCUCCGCCAUCUCCGCUCUAAAAUCCGAAGCCCUUUCCCUGCGCUCCAUCUCCGACAACAUAUCCCGCAAACGGGCAAUCGAGGAAGACGAAGAGAAGAUCGCCGAGCGAGAAGAGAAGAAGCGGAAGAAAGAAGACGAGGAGCGGAAGAAGAAGAGUGAAGGGAGAGGAGUCAAGGCACUCAAGAAGGUGGAUACGAGCGGGAUGAAGAAGAUGAGUAGUUUUUUUAGUGUCAAGCCCAAGGCCAAGUAG